AUGGCCUCCCUCAAUCCCUUGGAGAUCCUGUGCAUGGACACCACCUGUUCCAUUUGCCUGGAGUACCUGAUGGACCCAGUCACGAUUAGUUGUGGCCAUAGCUUCUGCAGGGCCUGCAUCAGCCACUGUUGGGAGCCUGGGACCCAGGAUCACCUCUGCCCUGUGUGCCGGGAGCUCUGUGCCCAGCAUGUCGUGGUGCCCAACCGGCAUCUAGCCAGUGUGGUGGAGAUCACCAAGCAGCUGCACUCAGGCAAGUGUGAGGUGAAGGACGAGCCCCUCUGCCCCUGGCACCAUGAGGGGCUCCACUUCUUCUGCAAAGAGGACCAGGAGGCCGUGUGCCUGGUGUGUGCAGUCUCCCAUGGCAACCGUGGCCACAGUGUGGGGCCCCUGGAGGAUGCCAUCGUGGAAUACAAGUCCAAGCUGCAGGAUUGCCAGCUGCAGCUGGAUGUGAAAUUGCAGGAGGUGAAUAAGCACAUCUCUGCCAAGGAGAAAAGGCCCAAGGAACUGAGGGAGUUGGUGAAGAGCUGCCACCAGCGCAUCAUCUGUGAGUUCAAGGAGUUGUGCUGCCUUCUGGAGGAGGAGAAGGAGAUGCAGCUGCAGCGUCUGAAAGCAGAGGAGGCAGAGAUCCUGGAGAAGCUGAAGGACCACAUGGCCCUGCUCUCAGAGAAGCGCCUCUCCCUCAGCAAACUCAUCACUGAGAUGGGGGAGAAGUGUCUGGAAUUGGGUCCAGAGAUGCUGAAGGAUGUGCAGAGCAUCAUGCAGCGGUAUGAAAUAUCUAAGAUCCUAGAGCUGCCUUCAAUUUCUCUUGAGCUAAAGAAGACAAUGGAAUUUUUCCCACGGCAGUUCUUCACACUUACUAAAUUGCUGAGAAAAUACAGUGGGGACAUGACCCUGGAUCCUGAGACGGCUCAUCCCAACCUUGUACUCUCAAAGAAUCUCAAGAGUGUGCACUUCAUCAAUGUCUCCCAGGUGCUUCCCGACACCCCAUGGCGCUUCAUCAUCUACCCCUGUGUGCUGGGCUCAGCCGCCUACAUCUCAGGCCGGCACUACUGGGAGGUGGAUGUGGGCAACAAGACCCAGUGGGCCCUGGGUGUCUGUUAUGAGUCAGUCAGCCGCAAGGCCAAGAUCGAUGCCAAGCCGGACACUGGCUACUGGCGAGUGCGGCUGUGGAAUGGGAAGUAUGCGGCCACCACUACUCCCUUCACACUGCUGCACCUGCGCGUCAAACCCAAGCGGGUCGGGGUGUUCCUGGACUAUGAGGCAGGGAAGGUCUCCUUCUAUAAUGUGACAGACCAUUCCCACAUCUACACCUUCAGCGUUGAGUUUGCUGAGCCUGUCUGUCCUCUCUUCUACCCGGGGAUCCGCUUCGGGCAUGUUAACGCUGCCCCCCUUGUAAUCUGCCAGCCCUUGGACUGGGACUAA